AUGGGGCUGGACAUCUCCAAGAUCCUCACCCCAAGCAAGGCUCUGUUCUACGGCAUCGUUGAAGGAAACACGGUUACACCGAUUGGUUCGGUAACACUACCAAUUACCUUUGGGACAAAAGAAAACUACCGUAUGGAGUACAUCAAGUUCGAGGUGGAAAACUUCGAGUCCUCGUAUCAUGCCAUCCUCGGCAGACCUGCUCUGGCCAAAUUCACGGCCGUACCCCAUUACAUCUACGUGGUCCUCAAGAUGCUAGGCAAGACAGGGGUCCUUACCUUCCGUGGUGACUUGAAGAAGUCCUACGUCUGCCAUCAAGAGGCAAUCGAGUACGCCUCAACUACACGCGUACCAGAACCUUCAUCUGAAGGAUUCACGACCGCAUAG